UUCAGGGCAGGGAGACAAAAACAAACUUUGGGGAACCCAGCUCAGGCAGCCCUGCCAGGCGUCUGGGGGCAGUGGAGAAAGUCACAAAAAGAGGCUAUCUUUAGCCCCUGUCAGAGUCAAAGAUGACACUUUGAGCACCACCUUAAAACACACAAAAGAGAGUAACAUGUUUGUUAGGGUGUCAGUUUUCUCCCCUCGCCUCUUGAGACUGUGUGUUGGCCGAUUGCCCAAUGUGGUGCUGCAUACAAAUAUUGACAGAACACAGCGGUGUUUGUUAAACCCGGGCUGGGGAAGCCGGUGAUUAAAUCUCUUGAAGGAAGAUCCGAAAACCCCGGGAACUUUCAUCAGUAGCGUUAGAACACUGGCGAAUGAAAGAGAAAGUACUGAGCGGGCUAAGUGACACGCUCACCGUCCCUGUCUGCCAUGCCUUUUCGUGACCCUGGAAACAGAAGGGGAAUUCUUAUAAAUCACAAAGGAAAAUAAAUAACUUCACUCAUGGAGGGAAAGAGACAGCUUGAGAAAAGGGACUUUGGAAAAAGGCUGUCUCUAGACAGCAGUCUUGUGGAAUACAUGGACUCCAAUAAAUACAUUGAGCAUCUGCUAAGUCAACUGGAGGAGCAACAUAGAAGUUUGUGGAGGGAGAAGUUGGCUGUGGCCAGACUGCAGCGGGAAGUCGCCCAAAGAAGAAGUGAGGGGGCCAUGCAUGAGAAGCUGAUACAUGAAUUGGAAGAAGAGAGACACUUACGUCUUCAGAGCAAGAAGCGGUUGCAGGAGGUGACGCUGGAGUCGGAGCGCAACAGAAUUCAGAUGCGAGGCCUUCAGCAGCAGUUCUCCAGGAUGGAAGAAACAGUACGAAAUCUGUUACAGAGUCAAGGACCUCCAGAACAGAGAAAAGAAGAAACUGUUAAUAUAAUGAUCUAUCAGGAAAAACUGUCAGAGGAAGAGAGAAAACACAAGGAAGCUUUGGAAGACCUUCACGUGACGGUCGACGAGGAUUCGAGGAGUGAAGGCAGCAGUGCAGAUGAGGGGAAAGAAAAAACCAAACUGCUGUUAGAAAGAUUGAAAGUUCUAGAGGCAGAAAAUUCAGCACUGGCUCUGGAAAAUGAAAAUCAAAGGGAACAGUAUGAGCGAUGCCUUGAUGAGGUAGCCAACCAAGUUGUUCAAGCUCUGCUCACUCAAAAGGAUCUAAGGGAGGAAUGUUUAAAGUUGAAAACAAGAGUGUUUGAUUUAGAACAACAGAAUCGAACAUUAAGUAUCCUGUUCCAACAGCGAGUCAGACCAACUUCUGAUCUGCUCCUCCAGAAACUUCACUCACGCAUCUUCGAUCUUUCAUCUGGGGAUUUGCUCACAGAGGUGGAAAGCAGCCGAAGUCUAACACAGUCACAAACUGGUGCUGAGCUGCAUGAAUGCCAGCCGAAUGCAAAAUCAGGAACCCCUGCUCUGAAAUGCCCCAGCUUAGGGCUUGUCAUCCCUGGCACUCUCUGUCCCCGAACGAGCUGCAGCAGCAGUGAGCUGUCUCUGUCAAGCACCUGCAGUGAGCACUCCAGCGGCUCUUCCUGCACAUGGCAUGAUGGGAAGAACCUCAGGAAAAGGCAAUCAUCACAAAACUGGGAUAAGAGGCUAAGUAUUGACUCUUCGCUCCCAAGUGGCUUUGCUAGUCCUACAGAUGAACCACCUCCAUCUCGUGUCAAGGAAAGCCACAUUUUGGAAGGACUAAGAAAGCUCCAGAAGCAAAAAGUGUUACUGGAACCCCCAUCAGUGAUAACCAAAUGGGGUUAUAAAGAUUGCAUGAACUCAAACGAAGGAAUAUAUUCUCCAGGAAUUAAGAGUAGCAGUAUCAAGGAGCAUGCCCCCCACAGAUCCCCUGAGACCUAUCACGAGGGGCCCCGCAAGGCACUUGUGUGUGGCACAGAUUCCCACGGUGUCGAGGAGGACUCUUCCUCCCUAGCAUUCCUCCAAGUGGUUCCAAACCAGGGCUGCAGGCUGCACAGUUGUAAAUUAACCCACAGUGUUUCUGACAGUCUGUUUGGCUGGAAUCUCAGUGGAAAACAUUUUCCCGAAGGCACAUCUUCAGUUUAUCCCAGGGAGAGGCCUGAAAAGCUGACCCGUUGUGCCAGCACCUGUCCCAUGGGGAGAAAGCUGUGCCCAAGUGUGCACAUGCCUGAGGCGCAGAGAGAGAGGGAUCCAUGCGGCCAGGACCACCCGGCUCUUGGCCUGCAGCUUUCCGAUACCGAGGACGACACCCUCGAUGAGCUGCACAUUGACAGCAGUGAUGGGAAAAGCCCUUCAGAUUUGUCCCUGACCGCUGACACCGACAAAUCUGUGGAGAAUCUGGAUCACCUCACAAGAUCUGGAAAAUCUGACAAGGAGGGAAAACAAGUGCCCAUCCACAUAGAGAGCAGGCCAAAGACGUUCAGUUUCAUUAAGCAGCAAAGAGUUGUAAAAAGGACUUCUUCAGAAGAAUGUAUUACUGUAAUAUUUGAUGCAGAGGAUGGCGAGCCCAUUGAGUUCAGCUCUCACCAGUCAGGUGUUCUCACUGUUACCAGAGACGACAUUUCCAUCAGUCAGGCCCCUGAUGGACCCAAGGCAGAACACACUGAGCUUUCACCUCAGGGAAUUCCUCACUUACAGCCAGGAGCUGCUGCAAGAAACUAUGCUUUCUUAAAAACACCUGAAGAGAAAACUGAGAACAUUCCAAGAGACAAUGUAGGUAACGCGGUUGCAGCAUCCACUGCAUUUUUCAGCCCCAGGACAUUAACGCAAAAUACUCAGCGGCAAAGGUUGGCCAGACCAACACACAGUAUGUCAUGCCAGAGUGACUGUAGGUCUUCAGUGUCCAUGGGUAUAUAUCCGAAGCAAAGCCUGACAAAAAUACCUGCCAGGGGCAAGUCUCCACCUCAGAAAUCAAAACUAAUGGAGGCUGAAACUGCCACAAGAGUUCCUUCCUCUGGCCCAGUGACUCUUGAAAAAUCACCCACCCUAGCUCCCAGUAAACUCUUACAAUCCAAGAAGACUGAGGGCCUGGAACCCCUUGCUGAUUUACGGCCAGAUUCACACAUUCCAAAACACCCCACCCAACCUCCUCACAGCUCCAAAAUGUCCAGCAGAAGGGACUGGGCACAGUGCUCCAAGAGUCCAGGUCCUGUACCACAGCCACUGUCGAGGCCCUUACCUGAGCCUGGUGACAAUGGAGAGCCCCCCACCAGGGAUAAACACUGUGAUGCUGGGCCAGAGGCCGGGCUGGAGGCGCCUUCCUGCCCACCCCAUCCUGGCAGGUCAGUCUCCCUACUCAGGCCCAGUUAUGACUGUUUGCUACCAUCUGCCAAGCCUCAAGCCAGGGUCCCCAGCGAAACAGCAAGGACUGUAUUCAAAGCCCCGCCUCUGAAAGGAUCCUCUGUUCCUAUCAUUUCUUCUAAUCUGACCAUGACGGAAGUGCCAGGGAAGAAACCGUCAAUGGCCUUCAAAAAGCCUAUCUUCACUCACCCUCUGCCUUCCACAGAAACAGGGAUUCAAACCAGAUGUUCUGCCCACACGCCCUCCAGAUCAUUCGCCAUGAUGGCCCCGGGGCCCCCAAAGGUCUCUCCAAAGAGAGGUGUCGCCAAAACCCCACCUCACCAAACACUUGGGGCUGCACACACGGACCCAGAGUUACGGACUCCCAAGAGCUGUCCUGCAGCCCAGGAGCCCCCAGAAACAUUGUCCUCCGGAAGUGUAGACCCAGGGAGACAAGGACAACAGAAGGACAGCGUCUCCACAUCACCUAGGCCUUCCGUGUUAGGGGUCAGUGAGUCACCGCCAGCUCAGGGAAGCAGUCCCUCUUCAUCACCAGCCUCCAGAGGCCGCCACAGCCCACAUGGUUUUCUGCAUGCUCAUGAGAAAGGCCUGACAGCUCGCCUCCCGGCUGGGCUCAAAGUUCUCACAAAGUCUCCCCAGUUGCUCAGGAAAAGUUCCACGGUGCCAGGGAAACAUGAAAAAGACAGUCUAAAUGAAGCCUCUAAAAGCUCUGUGGCUGUACGCAAGUGUCCACCCGAGGACUCUGGGGCUACAGCAAGCCCUGGGGCCACAGUAGGUGAAAGCAGUGGGACUCCACGGGGGCUGCAAGCACAAGACAGUUUGGCUGAAAGCCUUCUACUGGAAGCUGCCGUCCCAGAGGCACUGGAAAAUGGGGCUGCUGCUGGAAAAGAUGGGCUAGAAAACAGGUCUGUGAAAAGAUCCCUUUCCUCCAACAAGCCACACCCCAAACCAGCUCUAGGCAUGAACGGAGCCAAAGCCCGCAGCCAGAGUUUCAGCGCUCGCUCAGGAGACAAGCCCCCAACUCCGCCCAUGGAAGGGCCCGGCAAAGUCCGAACUCAGAUUAUCACCACCACUGCUGAGAGGGGCAGUUCCCUCACCCGGCAGAGCUCUUCCACGGAAGGCUCUCCGCACAAGACCUCUGCUGCCCCCAUGCCUGACAGUCCGCCCAGUGCCGGGAGGCCCCUGGGGCAUCCCUCCUCCAGGCAAAGCCCCCUGGGGAGCACGGGGAGCCCUGGCAGCCAGCACCGGAGCCCACGCAAGUUGCCUUGGAGGAUCCCUCGGAGAUCCGCAGGGCCCCUCGCCCCUGCUGGAAUGGAAGACCAGCAGGCCUGCCCUCAGGGAGGAGGCCCCCGUGUGGCUGUCCCUGAGGAGUCAGGCAACGACCACUGCAGAUGCCCACCCACCCCAGCAGACUGCCCACGAGUCCUACAAAGUCCAGGGAGGACACAGUGUGCAACCAACACUGAAACAAGCAGGACUCCCAAGCUAGAAACUUCUGGAAGAUAUCCAGAUAAUUCCACAAGCAGGACUGGUGCUGUGAGCCCAGAAGCCCCCAUCUCACCCACAAUUGAAGAAAAGGUCAUGUUGUGCAUUCAGGAAAAUGUGGAAAAGGGCCAAGUGCAAACGAAGUCCACGUCUGUGGAGGCAAAGCCAAAGCCCGGGCCUUCCUUUGCCAGCUGGUUUGGUUUUAGACGGAGCAGACUUCCAGCUCUCAGUAGCAGGAAAAUGGAUGUCUCCAAAAUGGAAAGGAAAGAUGCAAAAGGUUUGGGGUUUGGAAACAAACAGCUAAAAUCAGAGAGAAAAAAAGAGAGAAAGAAUCCCGAACUACAGUUUGAGAUAGAAAAUGGGCUUAACAGGGACUCCGAGGUGGCAGAUAGCCCAGACGGUGGUUUGCCAAGCAAAAAUUAUCUGAAAACGCCACUGGACAUUUACCACCAAAUGACAUUUGAACAGCGAAGCAGACCCAGCCCUGUUACGGGUUCAACAAAAGAUACCUUUUUGACAGAACUUUUGAACAGAGUUGAUAAGAAAGCAGCUCACCAGACAGAAAAUGGAUCAAAUAGUGUUGCCUGCAGGAGUGUGUUAAAGGGCAGCUCCCAGGGCUCGGGUCUCACCUGCAGCUCUACCAGCCCUCAAGGAAACCACAAGAAAAACAUCAAAACUAAAGCUGAUCUGGAAACACCAAAAGGCUCACUGAUAAAAGAAGCUAAUGAAAACCUGCAAGAUGAUGAAGAAGAUACAGUUGCAGAUUCCACAUUUCAGAGCCACAUCAUAGAAUCAAACUGCCAGAUGAGGACAUUGGACAGUGGGAUCGGAACCUUCCCACUCCCAGACUCUGGAAAUCGCUCAGCAGGACGGUAUAUAUGCCAGCCAGACUCCCCAGAGGACGCAGGGCCCAUCCUGUCUCUCCAACCCGCCCUUUGUGCAGCUUCAUCCAUCGGAGCCCAGACCCUUGAACGAGAAGUGCCUUCCUCUGCAGACUGCCAAGGCACUGCAGAUGACGCCACUGUGCAUCCCACUUCAGACCCCAUCGUGACGGCCAGAGGGACACGACCUCUUCAGAGCCGCCUCCCCAAGCCAGCCUCCUCAGGAAAAAUCAAUUCCCAGAAGCAGAAUGAAGCAGAGCCACGGCCUCAGACUUGCUCAUCAUUUGACUAUACUGACAACACCAAGGCAAGGGAGCCGCUUGCAGACUGGGGCAGUGAAGACAACGCUGAGACCCAGGACAAGGUACCCAGAAUGUGUGAGUACUCUGGCAGCGGUGGCAGUGAUAGUGACAGUGACCUGGACUGUGAAAAUAAUGGUUUUGGAGCUGGAAGGGGCAAGUUAGUAACAGCCAUGAAGAGCGCCACGCAAGAAAUUGAAACAAGUUGAAGAAACAAAAGGAGAUCCUGAGAAUAGAUUAUCUAAAAUAUCCCUGGAGUCGUUCAAUAACUAUAACAGCAAAACUGUGACUUUAUUAGAAAAAGAGAAGAACUCAC